GUGAAUCAAAACAAUCAUCCUCAAUCAGGCCCUGCUGCCUUUUUAUUAUCGGAUUUAUUUGUUACUGGGCGCGCAUGCCAUUUUCAAUCUUUGAAAUUGAAAUAACGAAUUGCAUAACUGGGCCAAAGGGGACGAUCACGGCCACUCGGGACGACGAGCCUCGACAAAAAUAGAUGAUAACGGAAUAGCAUGAAAGGCGGAGAAGCGGCUACUAACCUACUAUGACUGGAAGUAUGGUAUCUAUCAGAAGCGUCGUCAUCUCAGGCGGGACUGGCUUCGUCGGCGCAGCCACUGCAAGAGCAUUGGCUGAGAGGCACUCGGAAUGUGCCAUUACUAUCAUUGACCUACAUCCUCCAGGGCCAAUACAUGCCGUGCCAGCAAGCGCUACCUUCGUUCAAGCUGACAUUACCAAUGCCGACGAAACUUCAGAAGUACUCCAGCGCACUCGGCCAGACAUUGUGAUCCAUACCGCAGGAAUCGUUCCAGAUCUUGCCGAGCGGUUUGCAAGGAGACUCCAGAACCAUGUAUGGCGAGUCAAUGUCGAAGGCACGAAAAAUAUGCUUGAAGCCGCAAAGAAAAGUGGAUCAAUGGCCUUCAUCUACACAAGUUCCUGCUGUGCAGUGACUGAUGACAUGGUGAUGCCUUACCCUAAUGUUGACGAGAGCUGGCCCACAUCUCGUACAUCUCUCAUAUAUGGAGAAUCUAAGGCAGCCGCUGAGGCUUUGGUCCUUCAAUAUUCGAGCGAUGCCAUGCCUACUUGCUCGCUCCGACCUUCUGUCCUUUGCGGACCUGGUGACUACCAAUUGGUCCCCGCAAUUCAUGCAUGUAUCGCAAAAUGGGAAACGCCGUUUGUCAUAGGGACCGGGUUGAACCUAUGGGAUGUCACCUAUGUCACCAACAUCGCAGAUGCCCAUGUCCUAGCUGCAGAAAACUUGAUAUCUUCGAAGACAGCCGCCGGAGAAGCUUUCUUUAUCCAAAACAAUGAGCCCAUCGCCUUUAGGGACUUUUGCCUCGCAAUAUGGGCCCAUUUUGGUCAUACUCCGCCAUUUGAGCUCCAUAUUCCUGAAUGGUUGGCAUAUUAUGCUGGGCUGAUCUCUGAGGUAUCGACCUGGGCCUUCGGGAACACGCCAACUCUCAGCCGCGGUAGUGUCAGAGAUGCAUGCGCUAUCCGAUAUGCUAAUGGAGAAAAAGCACGACAGAUUUUGGGCUAUGAAGCGCGCAUCGGUAUCGAAGACGGAAUACGCAUGAGCUGUGAUGUAAGCCAAUACUGAAGACGAUGUUGCGCUGCGUGAUAUUUCGAGAUUUUCCACUGAUGCUGAGGUUCAAGGACUAUGCCCGUCGUCUGGGGCUCGAGUUGUCACCACCGCUGAAACAAAAAUCAGAAUAGUUCC